UGACAUUUUGAGCCGUCAAUAUUCCUCUGUUUAUGUUUAUCUAUCUAUAGCCGAAAGUUAACCAAACAGCAAUUAUUCUCUGAAAGAAUGCUCUAAAAGUUAACAACAAUGGCCAACAGAACAGUAAAGGACGCUAAAUCAGUGCACGGUACAAAUCCGCAAUACUUAGUGGAAAAAAUCAUCAGAUCCCGCAUCUAUGACUCCAAAUACUGGAAAGAAGAGUGUUUCGCCCUUACGGCAGAACUCCUCGUGGACAAGGCCAUGGAACUUCGCUUCAUCGGAGGAGUUUACGGAGGUAACAUCAAACCCACUCCAUUCCUCUGUUUAACUCUAAAGAUGCUUCAGAUCCAACCUGAAAAAGACAUUGUGGUGGAAUUCAUUAAAAACGAGGAGUUCAAGUACGUUAGAGCCCUGGGGGCAUUUUAUAUGCGUCUUACCGGAUCUUCUUUAGACUGUUACAAGUAUCUAGAACCACUGUACAAUGACAAUCGGAAGUUAAGAAGACAAAACCGUCAAGCACAGUUUGAGCUGGUGCACAUGGAUGAGUUUAUUGACGAACUGCUGAGGGAUGAACGAGUUUGUGACGUUAUUCUACCCAGAGUUCAAAAACGUCAUAUUUUGGAGGAUAAUAAUGAAAUUGAAGCAAAAAUAUCUGCCCUGGAAGAUGAUCUGGAUGAGGAUAUUGAAAUGGAGGAAACCGCCGAGUUAGAAAAGUAUCAGCUGGUUGAGGAAAAGGAGAGUAAAACCAAAGAGAAGAAAGAGAGGAAGAGGGAUAGAGAGAGGAGUCGAGAAAGGCACAGAAGUAGGAGUAGAAGUAGAGAGCGCCAUAAGAAAGAGAGAAAAGAUGAUAAGGAUAAAAGAGAAGAUAAGGAAAAAGAUAAAGACAGGAGGGACAGAGACAGGGAAAGGAGGGACAAAGAUAGAGAUAGGAAGAAGAAGGAUGAUGAUAGGAAGAGGAGAUAAGUUUAAUCUGGUUUCAAUAAAUGAAAGAAGAAAUUAAGUGUUAAUUAUGGACAAGUAAAGAACUUUAUUGUAUUUAUCAUAAAAAAUUAUGUAAUUGAUUACAUUAAUGAGCGUAUUAAAAUAUUAGGAAUAAAUGGAAGAUAUUUAAGAAA